AUGCCGACGGCGAUUCCAUCUAUGCCGACGGCCAAGCCGUCGGCAUACCUGCACCACGUGUCGUCCCCUGAAUCGCCAGCGCUGUUGACGGCGCCGUCCGUUGCCGUCAGACGGAAAACAACGCCGACGGCUAAACUGUGCCGACGGCUAUCCCACGGCCGUCGGCAUAUGCACCUAUGUCGAUGGCUAUACUACGCCGACGCGCUACCGAUCCAGUCUCUGUUUCCCUACUUAUACUUCAUGAUUCAAGAUUUGAAAGUCGCAAAGCAAGAACAAGACAUUGGAUUCUAUGCUGGUUUUGUCGGGGCUUCAUAUUUCCUUGGAAGAACCAUUAGUGUUGUGCCAUGGGGCAUGUUUGCUGACAAAUACGGGAGGAAGCCUUGCAUUAUGAUUAUUCUCCUCUCAGUGAUUGUAUUUAACACCCUCUUCGGCCUUAGUACGACUUACUGGAUGGCAAUUAUUACUAGGGGGCUACUUGGGUUACUCUGUGGUAUAUUAGGACCAAUCAAGGCCUAUGCUUCAGAAGUCUGCAGAAAAGAGCACCAAGCUCUAGGAAUUUCUCUUGUUACAUCUUCGCGAUCAAUAGCUCUUAUUAUUGGGCCAGCCAUUGGAGGAUUUCUUGCACGACCUGCAAAGAAGUACCCAAAUCUUUUCUCCGAGGAAUCCAUAUUUGGAAGGUUUCCAUAUUUCCUCCCUUGCUUCGUCAUACCAGUUCUAGCGGCGGCAGCAGGUGUUGCAUGCAUUUGGCUUCCGGAAACUCUGCACAUGUACCAUGAUGACAAAAUGGAAGCUAUUGACAAAAUAGGCGCACGAGUUACCGAUUUGGACAUAGAAGAUGGGAAAGCCAAAAAAUGUGGAUCCGGUAGAAUGGCAUCUACGAAGAGCCUGCUAAAGAACCGUCAGUUGAUGUCAGCAAUAACUCUCUACUGUGUCUUCUCUCUUCAUGAUACAACUUAUCUCGAGAUAUUUUCACUCUGGGCUGUGAGCAGUAGAAAAUAUCAGGGACUUAGUUUGACAUCUCAGGAUGUUGGCACCGUUCUAGCUAUCUCAGGUUUUGGUGUUUUGGUGUAUCAACUUGUGAUUUAUCCACUCCUUGCCAAGUAUGCUGGGUUAAUCAAGCCAUUUCGUUCUGCAGUGGUAUUAUCUAUACUUCUGCUUACAACAUAUCCAUUCAUGGGCAGACUAUAUGGUGUGGAGCUCAAAGUACUCAUCAACAUAGCUUCACUUCUGAAGAAUAUGUUUGCGGAAAGUCUCGCAUAUUCUUUUGCUACAAUUACUGUUGUGUGUAACAUUCUACAAAACACAGCAGUGAUACAAGAACAAAGGGGUGUUGCUAAUGGUAUCUCUGUGACUCUGAUGUCAAUCUUUAAAGCAUUAGCUAAUCUCUUGCCUUUUUGCAGGUUUUCAUGGGCUCAAAAGAACAUAACUGGAUUGUUCUUACCAGGUGAUCAUAUCUUGUUCUUCAUGCUGAACAUGGUGUCAGUAAUCGGGCUCUCGCUGACGUUCAAGCCAUUUUUCUCUAUGACAAGUGUGAUGAAAUGAUGCGCCUGUAGUGAUGUACAUGUAGCUAGUUAAUUAAAAUUAGGGACACUACCACAUAAUGCACCCCUGAGUCAAAAACUGCGUAACUUCAUGUAUUGUGUCACGGAUAUUUUCAUAUUUUCUUGGUUGUUAUCAGAUGUGACGUGAU